AUGCCACCUCCUGUCGGCAGAUAUGGCCCCACGGGCCUAAGCGCCUCCUACUCCCACCUGCAACAAGCCCAUCUCCAGCAGCACCAACAACAGCAACAGCAACAGCAGCAGCAGCAGCAGCAGCAAGCCCAGCAUCACCCGGCUCAUGCCCAGUCGGCCAACACCGCUCUUCCGCCUCCCUCCCUGGGCGGCCACCCCGGUUUCGCCGCCGGCAAUCCCAACACUAACAUCAACCCUUUCACACUGUCCGGCACCGGCAUCGCAAAUGGCAUGUCCGUCGCAGGCUUCGGGGCCGCCGGCGAUGGAGGUGGCACGGGCCUGGCCAGCCACGCUGCGCAGAUGGGCUUCGCCAGAGGGGCGCAGAUGCAACAACAGCAAUUACACCAGGCUCACGACGGUCGGCUUGCGCUCGAGGCGAAGGCCGGUACCGUGAAGACCCGGAUACGUGACGUAUGGAGCCACAACCUGGCCCAGGAAAUGGCCAUCCUCCGACAGCUCGUCGAGAAGUACCCGUAUAUCAGCAUGGACACCGAGUUCCCCGGCAUCGUCGCACGUCCCAUCGGAGCGUUUACGAAUAAGGCGGACUACCAUUACCAGACCCUGCGGUGCAACGUCGACCUCCUCAAAAUGAUCCAGCUCGGUAUCACCUUGUUCUCCAACGAAGGCGAGGUAUCGCCGCCCAACGCCACGGAUGCGAAUGGCCAGCCCCUCGGAAACAGUCUCGUCCCCGCCCCCUGCACAUGGCAGUUCAACUUCCGGUUCUCGUUGGAGGAGGAUAUGUACGCACAGGAGUCGACGACGAUGCUUGCCAAGGCGGGUAUCGACUUCGCGAUGCACGAGAAGAACGGCAUCGACCCGUUCGAGUUCGGCGCUCUGCUGAUCAGCUCGGGGCUCGUGCUCCUGGAGGAUGUGCACUGGGUCUCCUUCCACUCCGGAUACGACUUUGGCUAUCUGAUGAAGAUCAUGCUCUGUCAGGCUCUGCCCGAGAACGAGGAGGAAUUCCACAAGCUGCUCAAAAUCUUCUUCCCGUCAUUGUACGAUAUCAAAUACCUCAUGAAACACGCGGGCCGCAACCAGGCGGUCAACGACUCCCCGUUAACGCCGGCCGCCAUUCAGAUUCUCACGAACCUCGGACAGAAGUCCGGACUUCAGGAUAUCGCAGACGAGCUCGGUGUCAAGCGUGUUGGCAUUGCCCACCAGGCCGGUUCGGACUCGCUCGUGACGGGAGAGAUCUACUGGAAGAUGCGUCAGAUCAUAUUCGGUGGCGCCAUCGAUGUGUCGAAGUAUUCGGGCCAGAUCUGGGGCUUGAACGGGCACAUGCCUGCCUUCAUGUACCAGAUGCAGCCGCACCAGACUCCGAACCUCAACGGGGCCACCAUCUACUCUGCCACGGGGACCCCAAGCACGCCCAACGCCGGUCACGUCGGCGGCAGCCAAACCCCGCAUACUAUGACCCCGGGCGCGACGGGCGGAGUGCUGGGACAGUUCCACCUCGCCAAGUCGUGA